ACAGGAAGACGAAGAUAAGGUGGUGGCCAGGCCAUGCCGCGCGCUCACCUCGCAGCAACCAUGCCGCUGCUAGCCCCAGCCGGUAAAACCCUGUUCCCCUCCCGCCUCCCGCCCCCGCCUUCGCCUCGCCUCCACCUCCACCUCCGCCGCGCCACCGCCACCGCUGCCGGCGGGAGGGGCGACGGUGCGGCCGAAGCGUCGGCGGCGUCCGGCACGUCGGCCAGGGACCGGCGGCUGGCCAGGGUGCGGGAGGAGCGGCGCCGCCGUGAGUACGACCGCGAGCAUACCUACCCCGGCUGGGCCAGGGUCCUGGAGAACGCCUGCAGGGACGACGAGGAGAUGCGCGCCAUCCUCGGCGACAGCAUCGGGAACCCGGAGCUCAUGAAGCAGAGGAUACAAGAGAGGGUGCGCGCGAAAGGCAGGGAUGGCUUCAACAGACCCAAGACGGGCUCCGUCGCCGCGUUCAAAGUCAGCUUCCGAGACUUCAACCCGUUAAAUGCUUUCAUCUGGUUUGAGCUCUUUGGAGAACCAACCGAUCGAGAUGUUGACCUUCUUGGCGGUGUUAUUCAGGCUUGGUAUGUCAUGGGAAGGCUAGGAGCUUUCAACUCUUCAAAUUUGCAGCUGGCGAACUCAAUGCUGGACUUUGACCCUUCGUAUGAUUCUGAAGAAGCUUCUGCUGUAAUGCCUUCAUCUUUCCACGAUAUCAGUGAUGUCGAGUUCCAAGACAGUUGGGGCAGAGUGUGGGUGGACCUUGGGACUUCAGAUCAUCUUGGAUUGGAUGUACUACUGAACUGUCUUACACAAUUAAGCUCAGAACACUUGGGCAUCAAACAGAUUGUUUUUGGCGGCAGAAAAUUGGGCGACUGGGAAGAAGGCAUGACGAGCUCGGACUAUGGAUAUAAGCACUUCAAAAUAUAGGAAUCCAGACAAGUGGUAUGCGGCUCCAUGGGAUCACACAAUCCCCAAUAGUCGAGAUAAAUUUUGUUUAGGAACGAGUUAGGACUAGUCCCAAUUCCCAGGACCGGCUGGAUUUGGAUUGCGCGCUUGUGUAUGUAUGUAAAUAAUUUCCAAAGCCUAGUGUGUGUCCGUGUCCCUGCUCUAGUGUCCAAUGGUUAAGAGCAUAGAGGCUCUUUGGCUGCUUUCCUUAGCCGCCAAGAUGCAUUCGAGAAGAAGGUGGAUGAGAGAUUCACAUCUUUGAAGUUGAAGGUUGCCUCCUUUGCUAGUGAUGUCAAGUCAGUCCAGUAAAUGAUGGCAAGGCCACUGCUUCCUGUUCCUCAAGCAGUUUUCCCAGAUGCCGACUGAUGAUGAGGGCAAUGCUUCAGUGUCUCCUGCACACCUUGAGUUUCCCCUCGGUGACCGUCGGUAGCCAAGACACGAGGGCUUCACCUUCUAUGGUCACCGAUGUUCUGGAAUCUUAGUCUAGUGGGAUGUUAGCUCUUCUUUUUUAUGUCAAAGGGGUGAAUUUUAGGCUAGACGGCUUCCUGGUUAUGAGAGUUUGAGAUGAAGAAUCCAUGGCUAGACAGCAUUUUCAUGUAGACUUCAAUUUGGCUCUGUUUUUUCUACUCCCGUGAAUGAUCCAAGAUUUUGGGGAAUUGAGUUUA